AUGUUCAUAACACAAUUCAAAAAUAUCAAAAUUUACAAAACUUUUAUUUUAUCUUUAAAUAUACAACUUUCACUUAAAUUGACAACACAGUUUCAGCGCAUUAACCAUCAAAUUAAGAACACAUUUCUUUUCCCUAGGCUUUCAUUGACUACUAUUCUUGGAACGAUGUUAGCUGGUACUCAAGGUCUUCUGUUCGUUUUAGCUCUAUCUUUAUUGUCAAUAUGCGCUCUACAAUCAGUAGGUCGUGUAACACUUGAAAACGGGGUUAAAUCAAAGGUGUAUUUAUCACCUAAAAUAACUCAACAUCCGGGAUCCGUUUCAAACAAAUUCUACUACGAUAUCGAGUUCCCAAAAGGUCAUAUUGCUAUAAAGAGUUUCAAUGCCGAAGUUGUUGAUGAAGAAGGGAAUCCUGUUUCCCUUCAAGAAACUUAUCUCCACCAUUGGGUUGCAGUAAGAUACUACCAACGUAAGGGUAUAAAAGAAGCAAAAUAUAAUGGUAAUCUGGGAUUCCACCAAUCAGAUUUCGUUAUUGCUAGGAAUGCUGGAGUAUGCAGUAAAGGUCUUACCCAAUUUUUUGGUUUGGGAUCUGAAACACGAAAGACAGAUACACAUGUUCCUGAUACUUAUGGAAUCGAAGUGGGUAAUCCACUUCAAGUUCCCAAUGGAUAUGAAGAGAAAUGGUUGUUCAAUGUCCAUGCAAUUGACACUCGAGGUGCAGUUGAUGCAAUGGGAUGUACUGAAUGCAGAUGUAACUUGUAUAAUGUGACAAAGGAUGAAUAUGGUCGACCUUUGAAACCAGAUUAUGUGGGAGGUUUAUUCUGUUGCUAUGAUGGAACACAAUGCAAAGUGAAAAACGGGGUUCAAAGUGUGAAAAGAAACCUUUACCUAAAGUACACUGUUGAGUGGGUUGAUUGGAGUGACUCCAUAAUACCUGUUAAUAUCUAUAUCUUUGAUGUCACUGAUACUUGGGAGAACACUGGAAUCCAUGAUUGCUUGAUUGAGUUUAAUGUUGAAAAAAAUGAAAAUGGAAUUACAACUAAUGACUUCACCAGCACCAGAAGAUCAAAAGUGAAUUUCCCAAUUUCUGGUGAUGUUGUCUAUGGUUCUGCACAUCUGCAUAGUGGUGGAAUAGGUUCUGCUUUAUAUGGAGAGGAUGGACGUGUGAUUUGCUCAUCUAGAGCUAUAUAUGGGGAAGGAAAUGAAGCAGGAAAUGAAGCUGGAUAUAUCGUAGGAAUGACCACAUGUUACCCUAAACCAGGGUCUAUAAAGAUAACCAAAGAUGAAGUUUUAACUUUGGAGUCUAAUUACAGCAGUGAAAAGAGCCAUACGGGAGUUAUGGGACUCUUUUAUAUUCUUGUUGCUGAGUCUUCUUCUACUUUGGAUGCUUCAGUUCAAAUUAAUCAAGAUUCGGUAGUACCAAUCUUCUUUUGGGGUGUAGCUGUGUUUGGAUUUGCAAUUUUUGCAGCUGUUGUUGUUUCUUAUAGGAGACAAAGGCAAAGUGAAGAUGGCUACCAUUCUAUUUCAACUUCAACAUAAACUGUGUUGGUUGGUAUUUGGUGAAACUAUAUGUUUUACUUAAAUGAAUAUGUGAAAAAAAAAUAUAAGGAUGUGUUGCAUACGAAAUAAAGUUGAGUUUUUAACUUUUGUCGCUGUAAUCAUGUGUGAUAGGAGAAAGAAUGCUUUUGUAAUAUAUAUGGGUGGCAUGACAAGUAUCAUAUAGAAAAAGUGACAAGCU